GUGGCGGUGACGACGCUCUAGGCGCCUACCCUCGCAGCCUACGGCGCCGCUCUGGGCUGCGGGCGCGCCUCGCUGGUCGGCGCUGUCAGCGCGGCGGGAUGGCGGCGCAGUUCCGCAGUUACGUGUGGGACCCGGCGCUCAUCGUGGCGCAGAUGGCGCUCAUGCAGGCCGUCUACUACGGCGCGCUCGGCCUCUGGCUGGCGCUCGUCGACGCGCUGGUGCGCAGCGGCCCCUCGCUCGACCAAGUCUUCAGCUACGAGGUCCUGGGCUUCUCCGCCACGCCCGGCCGCCUCGCAGUCAUGGCCUUCGUGCUCAACGCGCUCACCUGUGCUUUGGGCUUGCUGUAUUUCAUCCGGCGAGGAAAGCAGUGUCUGGAUUUCACAGUCACAGUUCACUUUUUCCACCUUCUGGGCUGCUGGAUUUACAAUUCACACUUCCCCACAACUCUGACCUGGUGGCUAGUGCAUAUUGUGUGCACAGCACUCAUGGCUGUGAUCGGGGAGUACCUAUGUAUGAGAACAGAACUCAAAGAGAUCCCCUUGAAUUCAGCCCCCAAGUCCAACGUAUAGGCUAGCUCUGGGCACAUGCUGCAUCAGGUUCUUUUCCCACGCCUCAGCACUGAUGUGUCCUAUGUCUGACAGUGUCAUUGCAGAAGCAGAGCAAGUCUGUUGGGACUUUUUUUAAGAUCUUGGUGGCUUCAUCAGCAUGAAAAUCUUUGCAGACAAUGCACAAAAAAGACAUUUAUUUUAUUAACACAAAGCAUUUAACACAACGGUUAAGCAUAGGUGCAUUAACUCUUUCCUCAAGUGACACGGACAACAAUAAGUCAGACAACCCAAUCUGAAGCAUGAGAAGUAGCUGGAGUUGAUACAUGUGCUUGGGCUCUGCUUGUUGGAGCUGGGAUGACAUGAUCCAGUUUUUUGGCUCAGGUGUGCACACUGACUGACUAAGACCUACUACUUCCAUCUUCUAAUGUGUUUUUUCUUCAGUUGGUUUUUGUUUAAAAGGAAGAAAUUAAACUGAGAUGGGAGAAAAGAAAAUAGGUGGACUUAUUUCAAUCACCAGCUGAAAACCCAGGGAGCCUAGGCUCUUACGGCUUUGGUUGCUGUUCCCAUAGUUUACAUACAGUGGGCAUAAAACCACACACUAUGAGCUGAAAGAACCCUGAACAACAAUGGUAUUAAGUUGUCUUCAGCAUGUUAAAAUCCCUGUGGUGACUGGAACACUUCAAGGUACACAAUGAGCGUCUGUCAUAGCAACCAAAACAGGUCUGGCUUAAAGGAACACCAAGGGAUGUGCAUCCCAAGCUUUCUGAAACUGCUGAUGACAAACAUUAUACAAAGAUCAAGGAGCCACUGAGCUCUCUCCCAGGAAAGCAACAGCUCCGCUCUCCCCCGGCACAGAGGAUGGGCCUUUACAUUCUCCACUUUAGCUGGCAACGGUUUGGAGAGGUGUUCUGCUGCAUCACCCUGUUACCAUUUCCACUCCAGAGUGACCUCUGUCUUCCUACCAGGCAGUAAGUCCCAGUACUUGAUCCUGCUCAAAAGCUGCCUGCCACCAAAGGCUGUUGUCCCAAACUGAUGGGGGCUUCUUGCUGAAGGAUGUGAUAUUUGGUAUUAGAUGCAGGACAGCUAGUGGGCUCCUACCACAAGAAUGAGAUGGUGCUUUGGAUUAGGCCGCUACAUGGAGAACCUCGCUUCUCAACAAACCUAGAUGCCAGCCUUCCCCAUGAAAGGAGUGGGCCAAGUGGGCAAAUACGUCUCUCUUGCAGGCUCCUCUAAGGAAUGCUGAGUCUGUGAUUCUAAACAAGGUCGAGCAUUGGGUUUUUUUUAAUGGUGAAAUUCUUUCCUCCUGGGUGGCACCUGCUGCCAGUCACUCUCCUUUAUACAUGAAUGUCUGUGAAAAUUCCCAGUUUGUAUAAGUUAUGUUUGCUAAUUUAAAGUUUAAUUUGUAAAGACUUGGAA